CUACUUCCCCACUUUUUGAAUUUUUGGAUUACUGGGUUGUCGGCCAACACGACAGAAGGUCCUGAGAGUCCUAAACCUGAAGAGCCUGAGGCUCCUGACACUCCGGAGUCUGAUGUUCAGGCUUCUAUGCCUCCUGUUAAGAUUGAAGGGGAAUCGGCUCCAUCUCUACCUCCACCAAAAGCACCACAGAACACUGGUAGCAGUGGUAGCCGCAAACGUCGAGCUCGUUCUAUCGCUAGCAUCACUGGGGAAACUGAGGAAGGCUUUUUAAAACGAACGCGAAUUCGAGUUGAUUUAACGGACUCGCUCAAGGCUUGGCUUGUUGAUGACUGGGAUCUCACCACGAAACAAUCUCGACUGGUUAACCUGCCAGCACGUAAACCGAUAUCCGGUGUGUUCGAAGACUACCUUGAACAGGGUAAGUCACAACACACCAACACCAAUCCUACUCAAUCGUCCUUCACCGUGACGCAAGAGUUUCGUCGUGAAUUCGUCAACGGUUUAAGAGUGAACUUCAACUUCAUUUUGGGUUCUCAACUCCUGUACAAGUUUGAGCGCCCACAGUAUGCUGAGUUGUUGAAAUCGCAUGCGAGCCUGGAAAUGGUGGACCUGUAUGGUCCAAUGCAUCUGCUUCGACUACUCGUUCGUUUGAGGGAUUUGAUCACUUUUGUCAAGACUGAUCCAACCAGUGUGGGCCUAAUGGAAGCAGUAACUGCCGAUUUUGUUGCAUUUCUGGAUAGAAAUAAUGAGGAGUACUUCAAGUUGGAGGACUAUAUCACAGCUACGCCAGACUAUUUGCGCGCUGCUAUGUGCUGA